GACAUCUUUAAUCUCGGCCUACUUUCUUAUCAAAAUAUCAUUGCCCAGUGAACUUUAAACUAAAAAACAUGGCAAACUUUAUGAACGCCCGAGUUAUUCUCCAGUCUCGACCAGGUAAAUGCUUGGUGUUAUGAAAUUCUUUAAUAAUUGAACCUAAAUUUAUAACGAUUGUGGGCUUGAAAAGAUGUACGAUUUGGAAUUAUAUUGCUUUCCUUUGGCAAUGGGAUCGGGAACAUUUUUCGUGCAAGGAGCCAUGUAUGACAUUUUGAGAAUUUCACAUCAGCUUUCCAAGUCUAUACACGGGCGCCCGCAGAAAACUUUCUAAGGGGGGGGGGGGGGGGGGCUUUUUUUUUAUUUUUUAAUGUUGUUUUUUUUUAUUUCUCUUUAUUUUCUUUUUACUUUAAAAAAUUUUUUUAUCUAUUUUUGUCUAAAAAAAAUUUAUUACCCCUUCCCCCCCCCCCCCCCUCUGAGGGCGCCCAUGAGUCUAUACCAAACAUUUUAAAGAUCCUUCACAUUUUUAAUACAACUUAUUGUCAUAUAUGGAUAGGAUCUAUAUGUCUCUUUAAUGAAAAGGCGUAAGGGAAGAUAUAUAUCAUUAUCAAGACAAAAGUUGUUUUUUUCGCCAUUAUUUAAUUUUGUAUUUUAUGUCAAAGUCACCAAAGAAAUCAAAUACAUCCCUUAUCUACAUCAAGUUCUGAGUUUUGUCAAAUAAAUUUGUAUAAUUUUUUUAAAUUUGCAGUGACUGCCUGAGCAUGACUUAUCCAUUUAGUUGAGAAAAUCAAUAGAGCAGCAUAAAUAGAAAUAGCCAAAAGUCAAGGAAAAUUCAUUUUAGUUAGUUAAAAAUGAUUAUUUCUCUACAGGAGAAGCUAAUAAACCAUCAAAAGAUAAUUUUGCUUACGAAGAAAUCCCUUACCCAAAUAAACAGUUACAAGACGGAGAAGUGCUAAUUGAAAAUUUGUAUCUGUCAUUAGAUCCUGCUUUGGUAAUAUCUUUCUAAUAUAUAUAUAUAUAUAUAUAUAUAUAUAUAUAUAUAUAUAAUAUAAUUUUUACAGUAAUCUAUUUAAUCUAUAUAUUAUAUAUGUAUCCAUAUACUGCAGAAAGGCAAAUUGGUAAUAUCUUUCUAAUAUAUAUAUAUAUAUAUAUAUAUAUAUAUAUAUAUAUAUAAUAUAAUUUUUACAGUAAUCUAUUUAAUCUAUAUAUUAUAUAUGUAUCUAUAUACUGCAGAAAGGCAAUUGGUUAAUCCCAAAAACCAAGUUGUUUAAUAAUCACAAACCAAUUUGGCAUUGUCUUCCAACAGUUAAUUGUUUUUAGAUUUAUUUAAAAAUCUUUGAUCACACUGUAUUAAAGCAGUUUUAGUUCUUGACAUCUCCAUUUAUCUUCUCUAAAAAUAUAUCAUGGCCCUGUAUACCUUUUAAUCCAUCAGCGAUGUCGCAUGAAUGCCAACAGUGGUGUAGAGUACAUGAAAGCUUGGGAAAUAGGUGAGACAAUCCAUGGACUUGGAGGUAUAGGGCGGGUAACAGCCACUGCGGCGCCUGACUUCAGUGUUGGAGAGUUAGUAGGCUUUACCUUUGAGUGGCCCUGGCAGUUAUAUUUCACCAUUUCCUCUCAACAAAUACAAAAGGUUUGUAAAUUGUUACCGUGACAUAUUGGUGUAUAUGAUUUCCUAAAAACAAGUAAAAUGCAUGUAAAACUUAAACAUGGGAUUUAUUAAGUGUUUGAAAACCUGUGGUAAUUAAGAGGUAUAAAAAUUAAAGAUAAUGUAAUGUUAAAAGUAAAAAUAAUAAUAUUUGAACAAGCCAAUUUUGGUAAUGUUAGAUGCCAUAUUGAUACAGUGAAGAAACAGUUACAAUGUGAUGAAAACGCAAAUCAGGAAAUCUUAAAUUCUGGCUGUUGUUUUCUUCUAUCGGAGUGUUUAGAUUCCUAAAGAGAUAUGUAGUCUCUCGCCAACUCUCUACUUGAGUGUGUUUGGUCUCACUGGACUGACUGCAUAUUUUGGAAUAAAAAAAAGAUCUUUCAUUUGCAAGGGGAGCAAACCAACAAUGGUAAUAAGUGGUGCUGGUGGCUCUACUGGGUCAUUGGCUGGACAGGUAAUAUAUAUUUCCAAUCAUAUCUUUAGGUUUGCAGGAUGAGUGGAGAAAUGUAAGAAUGAAAACAAAAAAAGAUUAGUGGAAGCCAGAGCAAAAAAAAAUAAUAAUAAUAUCAGAGUUGUCAGAGAGGGCAACAGAGGGUUAUCGUUGUGGGGCAGGGAAUAGAAAGGCAGGUGAGUAUAAAGAAAACAUGAAAUUUGACAAUUCUAAUGGUGGGAGGGGGGGAGGGGUAAAUGGGGGUAAACACGGCUUCCUAUGAUGUAACCAGAUCUUCUAGUAAAAUGUUAGUAUAAAACAUUGAGAUAGAAUUAUCCAAACCAACUGCAGCAGAACCUAACAUCAAACAAAAAUAUGCUCAGCUAAUCAUCCGUAUAGAGUUAAAGACAACAAUUAUUAAAAAAACGACAGAUUGCUCUGAAACAGGAAUUUUCUAAAUCUAGAAACAAAGCAGAAGGUUGGUUUAUAAUAUAUUAAAUAUGUGUGCCAGUCUUUUUGCCGAGCGGCCUGAGACAGAUCUGGCCUGCAUUUUCACUCUAUGACUAUUCCAUGAAAUUUAUGCCAUAUUGUCCCUAACUCAGAUUUUAGACAAGGUAUCCAUUAAUCAAGUAAAUGAAUUUGAGGUCAUGUAUUAUGAGAGUAAAUCAGUGGUUCUCAACCUUUCUAAUGCCAUGACCCUAUAAUACAGAUCCUCAUGUUGUGGCGACCCCCAACCACAAAAUUAUUUUCGUGGAUACUUCAUAACUGUUGAGUAUAUGCGUUUCAGAUGGUCUUAGGUGACCCCUGGGAAAGGCUCAUGCGACCCCCAAAGGGGUCGCGACCCACAGGUUGAGAACGGCUGGAGUAAAUAUUUAUGACAAAUUUAUGAGGCUGAGGGGAGGAGGUGGUGGUAAAAAAUCUUCCAAAAUAACAGGACAUUAUUUAUAGAUGGCCCUAAAGUAAACUGACCAUAAUUGUAUAGUUACCAUUAGAUUCAAAAUUUAAUGUUUUACAAUCUACCACCACAGAGAAUUUACAAAUAUAUAUCAUAGUUUCUGGAAUACUUUUGUUAAUUUUUUGAAAACUUUACAUUAAUAUAUCCAUUAUUAAUAUUUUCAUAAACAGAUUAGACAAGAUAUUCAAAGGCAUGUACUAUUUUAGUGCUUCAUCUCAGAUAGCCAAGGCUGAAGGAUGUGGUAUUUUGAUUGGUAUCUGUGGCACUGACGACAAAUGCCAGUGGCUGACAUCAGAGUUGGGAUUUGAUGCUGCCAUUAACUACAAGACACAGUCAGUGUCAGAAAAGUUACAAGAACUUUGUCCAGGUGGUGUCGAUAUUUACUUUGAUAAUGUUGGAGGUGACAUCAGUAACGAAGUUAUUAGGCAGGUGAGGGCAUGCUACUUUAUUGGCAUCAAUUUUUUUCACCACCAUCUGUAAAAGCCAAAACUCACAGAAUUUAGUGUGAGCACAUACAAGUUAAAGAAAUUGAAUUUUUAAAUUAAAAAUUAUUAGUACAGAUUCCGUUUUUCUUAAAAUUGUCCAAAAUUUUAAGACAAACAAUUUUAAGAUCAUUUUGCUUUUAAAAUUUAAGUUCAUUUAACCCACCCUGCAAAUUACCUAUGUAGUGCAGUAUUCAUUUUAGAUGCCUAUUACUUACAAUUUGGUUCAAUUUUUUUUGUAGUGAAUAAAAAUGUGCAGGUUGUUCUCUGAAUUUCUCUACUUCAGAUGAAUACAAAUUCUUACAUUGUGUUAUGUGGCCAAAUUGCCAUGUACAAUAAAGAUGUGCCUUACCCUCCACCCCUACCUGAUGAUAUUGCAGAGAUCCUAAACCAGAAAGGCAUCAGCAGGUUAGUGCUAACAGAACUUGGACAUUUUUCAUGUAUUAUUUAGAAAGGAAAAUUUGUUUCUGUGAAUAAGUUAUAUAUAAGUUAUAUUCUGGUAAUCAAAUGUUGUGAAUAAGAAUCUUUUAGGAUAUACUUCUUUGAACCCAAUUGUUUCUGAAAGAUGUUACAUUUACUUGAAAAGGGACAGGUAUCUUGUACUGCAAUAUGAAAAAGAAUUUGACAGUGCUGUGAGUGACCUUCUAAAACUGUACAUAUCAGGGAAAAUCAAGGUGACUACAAACUAUGUAAACAUGAUGGGUUUUUUCUGCAAAAUUAUUGAUUUGAUUUUUUUUUUUAAAGGAAUAUUGAUGCUUCUUUCCUUUAAAAGUUUUAAGUUUAAAAAAAAUAAAGAUAAAUAAAUGUUAAAAAAUAUAUAUAUAAUAUAAUAACAAAAUACCUGCAUUAAUUUUUUUUUAAUAUCACUUUUGACGGUUUUUAAAAUUCUUUUUCUACAUCUUCUUUGCUUUUAUUUCUAGGCAAAAGAAACAAUAGAAACUGGAUUAAUUAAUGCUGGAAAAGCCUUUGUAUCAAUGAUGGAAGGAAGGAACAUUGGGAAACAGUUGGUCAAAGUUUCUGAUAAAAAUUGAGCUACUUGUCUUUCCUUUUGUUGGUUUGUUUUAUUUCUGUUGCUUUGAUGCUACAUGGUCUUAUAAGAAAGGGAAGAUAUCUGUCGCACUUACUCAAUUAAUGGUGUAACGAGGCCUUUCCCAAGUCAAGUAAAUAUGGCAUAACCCAUUUAUUGACCCAGGAUGCCUAAAAUAAACAUUCGAAGUAAUAGGCUUCUAUUGCUGCCCACAGAUACUACUUACCAGCUAAGUGCUAUUUCUUAUUUUUAUAACGUUUUUUCUGUUGUUUUGUUCGCUGACGAAGGCUUUCUGCCGACACGUUCGCUGUUUUGUUACGUUUAAUUUUUCAGGUUUAACCAUACUCUGUUUUACUCAUUUUAUUUUAAAGAAAAAAAGCAGACAAUGCUCCUUCGUAUUCAUAUAAACUGGGUGGUAACUAUGUAGAUAGUUUUAAAGAGGUAAUUAUCUUAAAUUUAAUUAUCUAGCCAUACAUGCUCAUAAAUAAGAUAUUUAUGUUUUUUAUGUUACAUAAGAUUUAAUAAAUUAUGAGAAAUGCACACUUA